GCCGUUGUGACGCGGGGUUCGCGCGGUCGCCUCAGAGCCGGGGCUGCGGCGCUCAGAGCUUGAAGAUGUCACGGGACGGUGACGAUGAGUGGGAGCUGAGCAAGGAGAACGUGCAGCCGCUGCGGCAGGGCCGGGUCAUGGCCACACUGCAGGAGGCCCUGGCUCAGCAGGACACCUCCAGCCACACUGCCGCUCAGCUGAGAAAACAAGAAUUUGAAUCAGAAAUCAGAUUUUAUUCUGGAGAUGAUCCACUGGAUGUCUGGGACAGGUACAUCAAGUGGACCGAGCAAACCUUCCCCCAGGGUGGAAAGGAGAGUAAUCUCUCUGCAGUAUUGGAAAGGGCAGUGAAAGCACUCAACAAGCAGCAGAGAUACUACCAAGAUCCCCGCUAUCUUAGUCUCUGGCUCAAAUUUGGAAAUUGCUGUAAUGAACCCUUGGAUCUGUACAGUUAUCUGCAUAGUCAGGAAAUUGGUACAACGCUGGCACAACUCUAUAUUACAUGGGCAGAAGAACUUGAGGCUAGAGGAAGUUUUAAGAAAGCAGAUAUAAUCUUCCAGGAAGGCCUUAAUCGCAAGGCAGAGCCUUUGGACAAACUCCAGUCUCAUCACAGGCAGUUUCAGACCCGUGUUUCUCGGCAAACACUACUGGGACUUGAGGAAGCUGCUCAUGAAAAAGAUACGGAUCUUCUGGAAACUGAAGAACCUCAGAGGAGCACAUUGGCAGAUCUAAAAGGCAGGGGAAAGAAAAAAGUGAGAGCUCCAAUUAGUCGUGUAGGAGAUGCACUUAAAGCCACAAACCAAAACAGAAACUUCCAGACUCCUCAGCAGUUUUCAAACAAUCUGGGUUUUGCUGUGUUUGAUGAAAAUUCCGCUUCGGCUUCUGGACCUGAGAUUCCCAUACUUACUCCACAGCACUGGACAGAACCUCCAGCUCCAAGGGGCAAGGAGAAUGAACUAAGCGCAGGACCUUGGAACUCUGGGAGGCGUCCUCGCAACAGUGCAAAUUCUGGUGUAGAAGUGCCCUGUCCAAUGCCCAGUUUCACCCCCUACGUGGAAGAGUCAGCUCAGCAGCAAGUCAUGACUCCCUGCAAGAUUGAACCCAGCAUAAACCACGUUUUAAGUGCUCGCAAGCCUGAGAAGGAGGAGGAUCCUCUACGACGGGUCCAGAAUCACCAUCAGGAUACCCAGGAGAAGAAAGAGGUGGUGAUGUACUGUAAAGACAAAGUUUAUGCUGGAGUGGAGGAAUUCUCUUUCGAAGAGAUUCGAGCUGAAGUCUACAGAAAGAAAGCAAAAAAGAAAGCUGAAGAGGAGAUACAGACCAUAGCACAGAAAAAGGAAGAAAUACAAAAGAAAAUUGAGGAACUGGAGAAGAAAUUAAAGGAGAAAGAAAACCACAAGCAACAACAAUUACAUGAGCAGCCAACAGAGGUAACAAAGCCUUCACCACCUUUGGGACUAAAAGAACGUACUUUAUCCAGUGCAACAGAACUUGGGAUGAAACAGCCUCACUUGCAAAGUGAAUGCUGCCUCUCAGAAGAUAUUCAACUGCAUAAACUGUCUUGUUCUGAGGAUACGGAAGGAGGAAGUGUAUUUUCUGACUCUGAGGAUGAACAGGCAGAUCAGAGAAAUAAAGCCAACCUUGGAAAAAAAGAUGCAGUAUUCCUUCCCCCACCAGAUCCUGCUACAUCUUUCUCCAUAUUUGAUGAAUCAUCUACUUCAGCAAACCAAAAUACAAGUCGUUCUACAGAUCGUGGCCAGAAAACUGCUCGGCGCCCUCUUGCUGUUCGCAAACCUUCAGAGUCUAUCACUGCGAAAGAAAACUUACAACCAGAGGCCUGUGAUGAGCUGCAUGGAAUUGAACCUUUGACUGAAGAUGCCAUUGUGACAGGCUCCUACAAGCACAAGAGCCUUUGUGCCAACCCAGAAGACACGUGUGAUUUUGUUAGGGCUGCCCAUCUGGCCUCAACUCCCUUUCAUGGGGUGGUAGCUCAGAGAAUCCCAGCUCCUGCUUAUUCACAGAGUGUUCUAAAGGAAGACUGUGCAGAAUCUAAGAGUGCACCUCUGGAUGAGAAAACACCAGUUUGCGAGGGAACAUACAGUGAAGCUCUCUGUGUAAAUAAAUUGAGCCCGAUCAUGGAAGCAAGCCUGGAGGAUACUCGUUUGUCAGGUUCUUCUGUCUCUUCAGGAUCUUCUCUUUCUUCUGUUACACAAACAUCCACAAUUAAAUACCUGCACAUCCCUGAGAAACUGGAACUUGCUCAGAGCUUGCCUGCUGAACCAAUUACUGAUCCUGGAGGUGAUGAUGCAACUGAGUUCUUGUGGACUGCUGAACAGCGUAAAAAGCUUCUAGAUCCCAUGCCAGAGUCAUUGACUGCUUCUCCACAUUUUCAUUUGGAGGCUGGUUUCCUGCCUGUCAUUGAGUUUGAGAAAGACAUUGAGCUAGGAAAUGAGACUUAUUGUAUCAAACGGGAAUAUUGGACCAAUGAAGAAUACAAAAUGCUUUUUGCCAUUCCUGUUAACUUUCUUCAGUUGGAUGCAAAGGGAUUUGCAAUAAAGGUGUAUUCUCAGCCUGUGCCUUGGGAUUUUUAUAUCAUGCUUCAACUGCAGGAGCGUUUGAAUGCUGACUUUGACCAAAGCUUCAGUGGGAACUGUAGCUGUUUCUUGUACCAAGACGGCUGUGCUAUCCUGCACAAGAAUAUAAAUCGCUUCACGCUUGGGGAUGUUAUUUGUGGCUGCAAGUCCAUUGAAGAGGAAGUUAUUCUACUAGUUGUUUAUAAUCUUCUGGGUGUGGUAGAGAAGCUCCACAAAGCAGAGAUUGUCCAUGGAGAUCUGAGGCCAGAAAUAUUCUUUCUGGGAGACAGGAUCUGUGAUCCAUUUGCUAAUAAUGGGAUGACAAGAGCUCUGAAGAUAGUGGAUUUCUCUCACAGUCUGGAUUUAAGGUUGCAGUCUCGAGUAAGCUUGCCCAACAGCUUUCCAAUAUCUCAGACUCCUCAUGGACAGCAGCUUCUGGCAAAAAGUUGCCUUCCUUAUCAGGCAGACUUGGUUGGUAUAGCAGAUAUAGCCCAUUUGAUGCUGUUUGGUGAGCAUGUCCAGGUCUAUCAGGAGAACUCCGUUUGGAAAAUCAGCCAAAAUGUAUCCAAGACUGUUGGCUCUGAUUUCUGGGGUAAAUUUUUCCGGCAAAUUCUGAAUGCAGAUGGUAAGUCCACAGUGCUUCUGCUGAGGGAGUUGAGAGAGGAAAUGAGUGACAUGUUUGACAGCUGUUUCCAAGAACGUCUUUGUGAAUCCUUAGUAGCGCUGGGUGAUGUUUUCUUCUUGGAGAAGUUCUGAUUUCACAGAGGACAAAUCUGUUUUGUAUUAUAGAGGGAAAUUUGUUGUUAACAUCUUAUUUUAUUCAAAUGUAAGCAUGAGCAGUGAUUGUAGCCAUUUCCACAGUACUUCACACAGGACUCACCAAAGCACAUCACAUCAGUGCCUAAAUAUCCGAAAACUGUUACGUGAACUAGUCUGUGUCCAAGCAGUUUGCCACAGAAAAUAGGUUGUCCUAACUGUCCCCCUACCCUUUUUGUAUAGCUCCUUAAAAAUGUUUAGUGCCUUGUUCAUGCUGCAUUUUCAAAAGUGUCUUGGUCCUCCAUUUAUAUUGUCUAUAGUACUGUUUUUAAUCAUUGCUUCUUUAAUAAAGUUGUAUCUUGAUAGUAA